CCCGCCCCCGCGCGGCGCUGCGGAACCGGAGCUCCGGGCGGCGUCGGCAGCGGCGCGGGAGGAGGCAAGGCCGGGACGCCAGGAGCCGGCGCGGCGACCGCAGCGCGAGCGGCGGAGACAGAGCAGACCACGACGAAGGCGCACAGGCAGCCGGGCCGGGCCGGGCCACGGGGAGAGCGGCCGCCGGGAAGCGGGCGGGAGGCCGGGCGGGCAGCGGGCAGCCGCCGAGCCGCGAAGCGACAUGGUGCUGCUCAAGGAGUAUCGAGUCAUCCUGCCUGUGUCUGUAGAUGAGUAUCAAGUAGGGCAGCUGUAUUCUGUGGCUGAGGCCAGCAAAAAUGAAACGGGUGGUGGUGAAGGCGUGGAGGUCCUGGUGAACGAACCAUAUGAGAAGGACGGUGAGAAAGGCCAGUACACACACAAGAUCUACCACUUACAGAGCAAAGUGCCCACGUUUGUUCGAAUGCUGGCCCCAGAGGGAGCCCUGAAUAUACAUGAAAAAGCAUGGAAUGCCUACCCUUACUGCAGAACUGUUAUUACAAAUGAGUACAUGAAAGAAGACUUUCUGAUUAAAAUUGAAACCUGGCACAAACCAGAUCUGGGUACUCAGGAGAAUGUGCAUAAACUGGAGCCCGAGGCAUGGAAACAUGUGGAAGCCAUAUAUAUAGACAUAGCAGAUCGCAGCCAAGUACUCAGCAAGGAUUACAAGGCAGAGGAAGACCCAGCAAAAUUUAAAUCUAUCAAAACAGGCAGAGGACCCCUGGGCCCCAAUUGGAAGCAAGAACUUGUAAAUCAGAAAGACUGCCCAUACAUGUGUGCAUACAAACUGGUUACCGUCAAGUUCAAGUGGUGGGGCCUGCAGAACAAAGUGGAAAACUUUAUACAUAAGCAAGAGAGGCGUCUAUUUACAAACUUCCACAGGCAGCUGUUCUGUUGGCUCGAUAAGUGGGUUGACCUGACUAUGGACGACAUUCGAAGGAUGGAAGAAGAGACGAAGAGACAGCUGGAUGAGAUGAGACAAAAGGACCCAGUGAAAGGAAUGACAGCAGAUGACUAAAGCCACUCCUCCCCCUUCUGCACUUUUUGCAAGACAGUGGUCAACAGGAAGGCCCAGCAGCUCCACCCUCCCGAGUGACAGGCCAUCUUCAGACGCAGCCUUUCUGUGCCCAUUCUUCAGGCAACUUUCGAUCCCUUACUGUAGCUAAUUCUAGAUACCCCUUAAUAUUGUGAACAAAUAGACCGUCUGGUAUUAUGAAGCCCGUGUGCGCGGGAGCCUGCUCCUCUGAGAUAUGUGGCGUGUAGGUUGCUGUAUUUACAGCUCCUCCCUCUCCAACCAUUGUGUUCUCAACCCAUUUCUGUGUGUCCCUCCCCUUUAUUUCCAAGUGACAUUUUUAGUCUUUCAAAAUAGCUGCCUUUUGUGAUGUGGUGAUUUAAAUGAUUUGUUUGUUUUCAACCUUGGGAUAAACUGAGGUAUUUUGCUGCCUGGGCAGAUCUUUGCAAUUUUGAGUGCUCACCUGGGGAGAGGGGAUGAGUUAGAAAUACAGGGUUUUUUCCCCAGUUCCACAGAACAGCAAUGUGGCUUCAUAACUCUGACCUCUGCUCCCAGUAACCCAUUGUUAGAGCACUCUAGGCACCAAGGAAGUACCCACCACCCACACUUGAAAAUUUAACAUAUACAAAUAACCCCUGCCCCAGGCAUUGCAUCUCUGGUCACUAUUCUUAGAAACACCUAUGGCUUCUCGGCCCUCCUGUUGCCCACUCUCUCUGAAUCUCUGCAGAGCCCAUAAUAUGCCUGGGUCAACUCUCCGCCUGGAGGAACCUGCCCAGUGUGGCCCUUAGAAUUGAGUCUGCCCCAUGUAAUUAGUCUGCCCCCCGAGGAGCUCUGUAUGUCCAUGCUCCUCUUCCCUUUUGGGCUGGUGCUGCCACUCAGCAAUAAUCCUCCUUUCUCUGUGCUUUCUUAGAUUCCUGUCCUCUGUCUUUGAGGCUGGUCAGGACACACGAGUCUUGAUCUUUUCAUGCUGCACAAAAUGAGCAUGCAAAAAGCUUCUUUCCAGCAGAACAUGUUCCCUCUUGUCUCCAGUUGCUAAAGGAAUUUGGGGAUCAAGAACUCAGCCCAUCCUGCCCCCAUGCUGAGUUCUGUCCUGGAUAAUCAAAAGCAAGUAGUGAUUGUAGUGCAGAACUCUACCAGAGUGGGCCAGUGAGAAAGUCCAGGCUCCAGGGGAAUAGAAGCAGCUGAGUGCUGCAUAGUUUCCUACGACUUGGCAGAAUCUGAGUAUGCCUUCGUGGUGGGAAAAUCUGAGAUAGCUGUGGUUUCACCUGACAUUUCCCAAACCCUGUGAAGGGUAUUGGCUGACGUGCAGUGAUCCGAGCCCAUGCUAGCCUGGGCUCAGCUGCUACUGAGAGAGACCAAAUCUCUGUUGGGGGAGCGAGAAAUAGGAUGGGAGAAUUUAUCCUUAUGUUUUUGCCUGUUUGUUUUGCCUUACUCAUUUCUAAGUGCAAUAAGGGAGUGUCUCACAGUGUGACAUCCUAAUGGAUGCUUCCCUGUGGCCCUCCUGGGGCAAGAGUGGACAGACUCAGACCCCUCAGGUGGUUAGCUCCGACCUUCAUUGAGGCCCCUUUGGGACCAGGAGAUGUCCUGUUACACCUUCCUUUUGGUCUCCUCACCUUGUGGGGUCUAUAGUAAUGGAUCUGGGUCAAUUCAGUUGGUUAUUAGCAUCCGAACUGCUAGUAGCCUUUAUUUGACUGAGAAAGUUGAGGAGGCAUUCCUACUGGAGAAAAAUGUAAAUGUUUUCCUACAAGCUCUAUAUUAGCUAUAAUUAUAUUUGUGCUUAAAGCUUUCCCUUCUUCAUUCAUCAACUGAAGUCCACAUGUGGUUAUCCUGGGAGAUACAAAUGGUGAUAUUCUAAGCAGACAGUUGUUUAUGUGGUUUGAGAGUCAGCAGAUCUUGGUCACCUUCCUUCAGCUCUUCUCUGAGAUCCACACGUAUCACUUCAGCUCUAGUCGGGGCUCGCUCUUUAUCUGCCUUUUCUCUGGCUCCUCCCACCUCCACCUGUUGCCCCAGUUUGAAAGCAUCCACAGAAGCUGAGCUAGAAUUUCCUUAGGUCAGCUGGAUCUGGGGCUCCAGCCCACAUAAACAUAAGGAGGGAUGUCCCUGGUUUAUUCCGUACCCAUGGAUAGUGUUGCUGCUGGGCAACAGUGUUGGCUUCUUUUAAGUACUCCCCUUCCCUCCUCACCCACCCCCCAAACUGACUAGCACUCAGAGAGGCUUAUGAUGAAAGGCUCAGCUCCAGGGCUAGUACCUGAGGAUGUGCCACGCCCCUUCAGACCAGCUGCUUCCAUUAGAUUUCUGGGGUCAUGGUCUCAGUUGGAAGCAGCAGUGCCUCUGUAGGAGGGGUGCUGGGCUCUGGCCUUCUCGCAGAGAGAGGUCAGGGACAGGGUCAGUAUUGUGGGCAUGUGUAUAUCUUCCCAAGUUCUCUUACAGUCCCUGCUGGGACUCCCUGACUUAUUUUGGUUGGUUCCUAGUGCUACUUCUUUUACAAAAUACACUUUGUAGAAUUGAUUAGAUUACCUUGUUUAUUUAAUGUGAGUUUGUGCCUUUUUGUCUCAAUCUUCCAAUACAGGUAUAUUGGGGAAAAAAGCAGUCUAAUAAAAUCCUAGACAGAG